AUGCAUAGCAAUCUGAGCAAUGUGAGCAUUAUAUCGGAUGCAUUGAGCUCAUUUUUGGCUGUUGUGAUAACAGCUCUCAAAUACGGCAUGUUCGUAUAUUAUCGCAAGGAAUUCGUUGGACUUAUCAAUCGCAUACGCUAUAUGCUGGAGCAAGAGCUUGCAGCGCAGCCGGCAGUAGCUGGCAUUGUGGAGAAGGAGAAUCGCAGCGAUCAGAAGCUAAGUCGCACCUAUAUCUGGUGCUUUUUUAGCGCCGUUGCUUUUGUGGCCAUUAAGCCAAUGAUUAUUAUGGUGGGCACUAAGCUGCGCACAGGCAGCACGACUCUGGUGCUGCCGCAUUCGGCCAAAUACCCAUGGAAUGUUCAAUUGAUUUGGCUUUAUGUGCCCACCUAUGCGUGGAAUAUUUUGGCCAGCUAUGGCGCUGUUGCCAUGUCGCUGGCCAUGGACACGCUCUUCUAUGCCUUAAGCUACAAUUUGUGUGCUCUUUUCGGGAUUGCACAGCAUCGCAUGCGGCAUUUGGCUGCGCAGCGCGAGGCGCCGCAGUUGGAGCUGCAGGCAUUUGUCGAAGUGCUGCAGCUGCAGAAGGACACGCUGGCAAUGGUCAAGCAGCUGAGCGUAAACAUGCAACCGCUGCUCUUUAUGCAGUUCCUUAUCACCGCCCUGCAGCUUUGCUUUGUGGGCUUUCAACUGGCCGAUUUGUUUCCAUCGCCAGUUUGCCUUUAUUUCAUCUUCUUUGUCGGCUCGCUGCUAAUUGCUCUAUACAAUUACUCAAAGUGCGGUGAGCAUUUGAAGCAAUCGAGUGCCGGAUUUGCUGAUGCGCUCUAUGACAGCAACUGGGUGGACUUUUCGCUGUCGACCAAGCGUGCUCUGGUAGUAGCCAUCAUGCGCGCCCAGCAGCCCAGCCAGAUCAAGGGCUACGUAUUUGAGGCCAAUAUGGCUGUGUUCUUAGCAAUCUGUCGCUCGGCCGCCUCGUAUGUCAUGGUGCUGCGACGGUUUAAUGUCACUGAAUAG